AAUUAUUUUCGAUGCGGAGCAGGCUGGGAACUGGGCGAACCAGUUCCUUUGAAGCAGGUCUCCCCCCUCGCGACCGAUUUCUGCCUCGUAAUCCUCCUACUCCAACAGUCAUUUUGAAACCAGUUGCCUCGCAGUUGAGAACUAAACGAAUUCUCUCGUGCCCAUAAGUGUCCCUGAAACUAGCCCUCGCGACGAUUCCAGGAAAAUUCACCAUUGCCGUCCGAUUUCGGAGUUUUCCCCACUUCUCAAUGUGAAAAUUGCAGAUGGAAAUGACCUAUGGCCGGCCGAGACGAGAGGAUUGAAAGUCAUGUAGACGAAGAUUUAGAGGAUGGUGAAAUCAUCGAAGAAGAUUUCGAUGAAGAACCGAGUCAGAAAUCUGAACCUGAACCGGUGAACAAAGCACCAGAAAAAGAACAAAGAAGAGAACCCAAAGCAAUAAAUAAUUUUGAUGAUAAUUUCCCUUCGCCUCCGAAGCGGCCAAAAAACAACUUUAAGAAAACCUAUGACAGUUGGAAUGACAGGCCUUUUAAGGAUAAAUCUAAGAAACCCUUUGACAGUGCCAAGGAAGAUGAGUUUCGUUUCAAGAAAAAGAGAAAAAAGCCACGAAAAGAAGACGAGCCGUCAAAACCUGCAAAGAAACCUCGGACCGAAAAGGGUCAGGGAAAUUCAGAAAGUGGAGAACUCGAUGACGACGAGGAUUUCCUCUUUGUUCGUGGAGCCUCACCAUCAGGUGAAUUCAAAAGACUGAGCACAAAUACUGCUAGCAGUAAUAAUAACUAUGAAGAAAAUGAGUCAGGAGAUGAAGAAGAUUUUCCUGAGCCUGGCGGAAACCGAGGGAGGGGAAGAGGCUCUUUCAGUGGGCGUCACAUGAGAGGCUCCGACAGGCGAUCAAGGCCACCUAUGCGUGGCAUGCGAGGGAAACGUGGUCGGGGAGGUAUUCUUCGUAAAGGAAAAUUCAAAGAUGAAAACCAAGAAGACUCAAUUUGUAAAUUUUUCAUGCAAGGAAAGUGUCUAUGGGGAGAUGACUGCCCCUACUCCCAUGAUGCUUGCCCACCCAAAAAGAUGGAGCUGUGCAAAUUCUAUUUGAUGGACUGCUGUGCUAAAAGGGAUAAAUGUUUAUAUAUGCAUAACGACUUCCCUUGUAAAUACUAUCAUACAAAUUUAAGGUGUUUCGCUGGUAGGAAUUGUAAAUUUAGUCAUGGGAAACUUAAUGAUCAACUUCGUACUAUUUUGAUCAAGCAUAUAGAAACAGCUCCUAAAGAAAUAUUAGGAGAGUUUCCUAGGAUAGGUCGCGAUGGUGCAAUAGCGUUUCUUAAAAGCGGUGGUGUUAGGAAUCCAGCUUUAGAUGGGCCGGAUGAUCACCGAGGCUCGCCAGAUGAACAAAUGAAUCAUACUCCAGUUCCUUCUCCGCCGUCUUCAAAUCCGCAAGACAGUGAUAUGCCUAAUUUUAGCAAUGAAAAUUUCGACGAUAAGUAUGGCUCUAGCAAUUUCAAUGAUGACAGGUUUUCCAGUAGGUCAAAAUCAAAGAAUAAAAAGGAUAAGAAAUGGAAAAAUGGUAAGCGGGAAGAAAGGCAUCACAGGAAAGAAGAAAGGCGGAGUGAAAAAGAAAGGCACCGAAGCGAAAAAUCCAAAGAGAAGGACAGAGAUGGAGAUCGUGAUAGAGAUGAGAGGAGAUCUAGUAAACACAGUCCCCGUGAUGACGGUGAAUUUCACCAGUUUAAUUUCUAUGAAAAUGCCUAUGGUUACAAUCCGAAUUUUUCAAACGAACAGUACAACCAACAGUUCUCGGAACAUACUCAAGGAAAUCCCUAUGCUGGCAGCAAUCAACAGCCGCCAUCGAUGGGCUCUCCGCCAAAAUUUACUCCAGCACCCAAUCAAACUCAGUGCAAUGAACAAAUUCCUCUCCCUCCUGAGGAGCCGCCUCCGCCAAAAUCCGAGGUGAAAGCUGAAAUCAAAAGAGAAAGCAAAGAAGAGACUGAAGAGAAGAAAGCUGAAGAGAGAAAAGCUGAUGAAACAAAAGAAUCGAAGGAGGCUAAAGAAACUAAAGAAGCCAAAGACAUCAAGGAAGAAGAAGAUAAACUCAGAGAAAGAGAUGAAAUCCUUAAUAAUAUGCCUAAGAAACAAAGAGAGCUCUUCCUGCGCAUCCAGCAACAUCAGCGAGACUCCGUCAUGAAGGAAGAGGAGCCUGAGCCAGAACCAGAACCGAAAGAAGAGGAAAACUGGUAUUCCAGUGAUGAGGAAGAUGAAAGCAAAGAUCAGACGCCUUUGUCUGCAAUCCUCAGGACGUUGCAGUUUCAGUCCUCCGCAACGUCGUCGCAGGGUUCGAACCCUCCUAAUGCAUCACCAAAACAAGAAACUUCACGAAAUGCUGAGCCUGAAAAUCAACCGCCUCCGCUACUUAUCCCUCACCAGUUUCAAAACAUUAAUAUCAGCGACGAGGUAUCAAAACUCUUGUCCACAAUCCGAUCGCAAACAGAGCAGCAGAAGGAAGAGCCUUCAAAAGAACCACCACCACCCAAGUCUCAGCCAAAACCGCAAGUGCCCGCCCUGACACAACCAAAGAUGAAUCCUGUGAUGCAACCACACUUUCCGAUACAGCCACCAGCUCCCAAGGUUCGCGAUCCUCGUCUAGCGCGAAACGAAAGUGGGUUCGUGCCAACCCCGCAACCAGCAGUUAAAAAAGAUGUUCACACGCCGAUCAACAUCCCAUUAAAGAGACAGUCUACGGAGGCAGAAAACUCAGGUUUAUCUCUGAUGGAUAUUGACCUGCGGCUACCCAAUCCAGAAUUGAAAGAGUCGGCAGCCUCGAUCAGCGGUGAUGUGGAUUUAAGGCACUUGCCGUUCAAACCAGCCCCGGUUCAUCAGGCAGCAACUGAAAUCGAUACUUCCAUUAGUUCUCAUCCUCCGAUUCCAUAUCGAUUAAUUCCAAUCAAUGUGCCAAAAAUAGAUUACAGCAACAUUUUGUCUUCCUCGAAGGGUGCAUUGCAAGAUCCUAGGCUUCGCCCCGAGCGACUCACAGUGCAGCCAAGUAGCUCGAAAGAAUCGUCAACACCUACCUCUCCUCCCCCGCACCCUCCAAUUCAGCAGCAUGCGUCACAAGGGAUGCACCCGCAGUACGUACCAAACGCACCAACGGGAGGUGUCCGUGAUCCCCGCAAGGCUGGAGGACCAGCAGACCCCAGGUUAUCCGACGGCCCUUCACGAGUGGACCCUCGGAUGGAUCCGCGUCAGCGGCCUGGAGUAGGAGGGGUCCCUGAUCCGCGCGUCCGGAUGCAGACGUCUAACGCACCUCCGAUCAUGCCCGGGACCCCCAUGUACGACGAAGACUCGCGCAAUAAAUUCGGCCCGAAUUUCAACCCGAUGAUGCCCAACCCGUUCAGCAUGGACAGUGACCUGCGGCAGAUGAUGAACCCUAUGCACUGUCCCCCAGGGAUGCGACCGCCGUUCGAUCCGGAGUUCCCCAGCGCUCACGAUCCACGAAUGAGGGCCGACCCUCGGAAAGCGAAAGAAGACUCCAGAAAUCAGGGCUACGGUUUUUCACCGAAUCAGCCGUUCGAUGGCGACAUCGACUUGCGGAUGAAUCAAAUGCCCCGCUACAACUACUCAAAGUGAAUACACAUCUGUGAUGCCAACAUUUGUCGUUCUCAUUCUUUCUCCUUCUCUAUUCUCUCCUCUUAGAUUCUCUUUUUUCAAUUGCGAUUGUAAAGUUUCUUGUGUAUAAAAACGAUGUAUUUAAUUUAUUGGAAAAGUUUCAAGUUCUUAUUUUUGUAUUAUAGUCCGUACAAGUGUACAUAUUAUAGAACAUGCAUUAUUUGUAUAGUUGUAAAA